ACUGAAAUUGAAAGAAAAAUGAAAGAUGAGGAAUUGAGCUUUAAUUUGAUGUGUGUCUUGAACACCAGAGAAACUUUUUUUUUGGGGGGGGGGGUUAUGUGGGGUAUUUAUCACUGUUGUCCAUAGCAGCUUAACUGCUAUUAACGCACGUGGGACCCCUUUUAUUUUUGGAAGUUGUACCGUUCAGAUCCGACUGGUGACCGCGCCCUCUCUUGGCCCCAAGCUUAUCUCAAACCAAUCAAUCAAAUCAGACUGGUACCUGUACUCCCCUUUGACUGUUUAUGUUAGUUUGCAUGGAAUAUUUGGGAGCCUGCACGAUUCAUAUGUUUGCUCGUUACCCAGUUACUAGCAGGUGGGAUGGUUAUUGAUUGAUGGAUGUUUUUCGGAGUUAUCGAUUUGUCUCAAAAACAAUGGAAAUUUCAACGUUUGGGAGGUCGUCUUUGUCAUGAAACUGUAGAAGUAGUAGCUGUGUAUUCCGUGUAAUAAUUAAUGAACUCCUUUGCACAGUUGUUUGAAAAAAAUGCAGUGAAUUGAACGUUUUGCGUUGACUUCGUGCGCGUGGAGUUUCAUGUCACGGUCCUUUGCUCCUGGCUGGCCUUGCUACAGGCACUGAGCACUGGCUCGUUCAUGGAAGGCCUCAAGGCUGACGUAGAGACUGGAUGUAGGGAUUGGGCACCGUGGUAGCAAAGCUGCCGUGAACAUCAGUGAAUCAUGAGUAACUUCAAUGUUAUGGCACCCAAUGCUGGCCAUUCUGCCAUCUCACUGGGUGGAGAAUGGAGGAACAUCGACCAGAUGGCAGCCAAUAAGUAUAAAAUGAGUGGACUGGCUAACAGGUCCAAGAAGAAAAGCAAGGCCAAGAGCAGUGGACAAGGAGACCAAGCAAGACCUAAGUCAGAGCCAAGCUCUGAGCAAAGGAGGAACUCCUCCCCAUUGAGUCAAGCGCCAUCCAGUAGCGCCCCUCCUGGUGUCAAGCCAAGAUGUGAGAGGGUGUACGACGUUGAGCAAGAACCUACGGCAAGGAAACAGCUGGAAAACCACCUGCCAUUGAAGAAAACUAGGGCUGUGUCACGAGAAGAACAAUUACAUAGUGCCAGGCAGUACCGGAUAGGUCCGGGUAUGGUCCUUACGAAGGGCAGAAGCAAGGUAGCAGUGACUAUCAACACAGGGGAAGAAGAGGAAGGACCGAGGACCAUACCAAGGAUGCCACACCAGGGGCCGUUUGUUGAUCCAGAGAGUGAGAAUUUGUAUCACUUGUUCCGGCAAGAAAAUCCUGGUGCUCAGUCAAAACUGCAAAAGCUCCUUCAUCAGAGCUUAAUGUCCGGAGGCGUAGACCUAUUAAGUCUUUUCCCUGAAGAUGGCAAUGAAACUAAUGUCCCGCCAGGUUAUAGGGCGAGAACCCCUAGACCAAACACAAGGGCAUCAUCUACUGCAAUGAGCAUACAAGAGGCUCUUAUUGCACAGUUGCAGCAGCAGGUGUCUGAUUUGACACUCUUCUUGGAGGAAGAGAGACUCAACCACAAGGCAACUAAAGAUAAGUUGGCAGGGACUCUGAAGGAGAAGAUUCAAGAUGUUGAGAGGAAGCACAUGGAGGAAUUGAGAGCCUUGCAACAGGAUCAAGACGAGCAGCUAGACCUGAUGAAACAGCUACACAGCAAGGAACUGGAACACCACAAGUCGGCCAGCAAUGCUGUACUAGCACGGAUGAAAGGUGAGCUGGAGUUUUUGCAGGGAGCCUUUGAGGCUUACAAGGGCACCUUGGUACAGGACAUGGAGGAGAAAUGGGCCAAGAAGGAGAGCGACAUGAAGAUACGAUUUCAAGAAGACAUGGAUAAGGCUUUGUAUGAGCAGAGGACUGAGUUGUUAGAAGAGGCCACUAGAGAUAAGAAAGCCAUCAGUCGGGAAUUCCAGCGACAAAUCCAGAUUCUCACGAGGGAACACAAGAAGGAAAUAGAGAACAUGAUGAACCGUUUCUCUAGUACCUCUACGGACGUGGCCAACUUGAAGCGAGCCCUGGAGCAGCUCAAGAGGGUUCAGACACAGCUGGAUGAGAAGACAGAGCAACUGGCAGUGGCUCAGGACAGCCUGAAAUCCAACCAGGAGGAGGUGCAGCAACUGAAAGCCCAGCUGGUCACCUACAGGGAAUCAUUCCAGGACAAAGUGGACGAAGUGGAUGACAAGUACAAGGAGCGAAUACACCUGCUCAUGACAGAAAAUGGAGAGCUCAGGAAACGCUACUUGCAAAAGUGCGAUGAACUGUUUACUGAAAAGUCUGCAACUGAAGUGAAGAGAGUUGAGAAAGUGAUGAACUCCAAGGAAUUAAUGCAGAUGCUGGUGCAUGUCAAGAAUCGCUCCAAUGUCAACUUGGCCUGCGCGGAUCCCGCCACCGACAGUAAGCCCCGCAUUCCCAUCCUGCGCCCAGUCAGCGCUCCCAGCACCAAGCGAGAGGCCAUGAAGGCCUUCCGGAAGGCUGGCGAGACAGAGCACCUAAGGGAAAUUGCUGAGAAUCGCAGGACCAGUGCCAGUACCAGGCGACCCCACACCACGAUUGGUGGCCAGAGACGGAGCUUAACACCGGACUCCAGCGUGAAUGGGUCCCAGGGGCCACUGUUUGUCCCUCUGGCAAGGGAGUCCUUAUCUAACAGUUUUGUUUGACUGGACUACUUGCCAGUGAUGUAAAGUGGUGCCUUAUUUCUUAGACAGGUUACUGGCUCAAGUGUCCAGGACCUGAUGCAACUGGAAAUCGUGGAUUUCUUUUCAGGAGAUUAGGUGCAAGACUAUGAGUGGUUCCACAUUCCACAGUGGCACCUGAUAUUUGUAUAGCCUCUUGAUGCCAUGUCAUAUAUUGGCGCCUUAAAUACAAGAAAUUUAUUUUAUAAGUUUUAUUUUUGUAAAUUAGUGUAAAUAGUUUGUCCAGUCAGCAGGUGAUACUGACGUUUGUAUAUUGCAUGUUUGGAUAUAUUACACCAUAGGAGGCUAGACAUUCAUGCAAAAGCACGGGCUAGCUGAAUAACUUGGCAGGAAGUUAAACCAACAAGCCUCAACUAUGCAAGCAAUUUCAUUUAUGAAUUUCUCCGAAUUUGUUUGAUCUAUGCAUGGGUUUUCUUCUUUUUUUUUUAAUUUUUGGAUAAUUUUCGUUUUUAAUUUUGUUACAGACUGCACUGUGUGCUGUGGAUAGUGUUGAUGGAAACAGCUGAAUUGUCAUAAUGUGAAAAGGUUGGUUGAUUUUA